UUGAAAAUAAGUUGAGUGCACCACCACGCACGGCAGGCGACGCACAGGUUGUCAGUAAAAGUUACUCGUUAAGCUGAAAGGACUGAAUACUAAUGAUUUCAGCAGAAUUGAGCAACAAUCAUGUUAUCUUGUCGAUGUGAUAUUAAUACCCGUGCUGCAAACAUGGUCAUAGAAUUGCUCGUCAGGAUAUUCCUUUUGAUUGUCUUCUUAAUCACAGAGGAUCUUCCCCCAUUUCACCGAGUAAUACAACCAGAAGAGAUGUGGUUAUAUAAAAACCCACAUGCUGUGCACAGUACUAUUUCAACGAGAAUGCUAUUUGGAUCUGCUAUCUUUGUACCCAUUUUAGUUAUAACAACCUUUAGUCUUAUCAGGAAAGAUAAACUAGAUUUCCUGCAUGCUGUCUUAGCUUGCUCGCUAGCUGAGCUUUUAAACGGUGUGAUCACAAAUAGUAUCAAACUUAUUAUUGGAAGACCGCGACCGGAUUUUUUUUCCCGCUGUUUUCCUGAUGGUUUAAUGACGGCUGAUCUUAAAUGCACAGGAGACCUAAAUAUUAUUAAUGAGGGCAGAAAGAGCUUUCCAAGUGGACAUUCAUCAUUUUCCUUUUGUGCCUUUGGCUUUACAGCCUUUUACCUUGCCGGAAAACUACAUACAUUUGAGAGUCAAGGACGAGGUUUUGGCUGGAGGAUUCUGGUCACGUUAGCACCCCUGUAUGUCGCCCUCAUGGUUGCAUUAUCAAGAACGGCUGACUACAGGCAUCACUAUGAAGACGUUAUAGCUGGGUCCCUGCUUGGUCUUGCCAUUGCUUACCCCAUUUAUCGUCAGUACUUCCCAGCCUUCACUCAUGCUACUUGUGAUAAAUCUUAUGCAAGGCUUUAUGCUCUCAGAGAUGCAAUGUCAUUACAGGAAUACAACUCACACAGUGCAAUAUCUACCAAUGUACAAAUAGAUAGUGUGAAAACAGUUUGAUGAAUAGAGUAUUUGUAUGUAAUGCUCUGUUUCAUGUUUUAUCUAAUAGACUGCUGAUGACCAAAAUUAA